CCUAGAGAAAUAACUGAUUCUAUAAUAAAUCAGCUUAUUAAUAUAGUCUACAAGAACCGGGCUUCUCAAUUACAAAUAUAUAAGAUGAUGGCGUUUAAACUAGAUAUUUUAAUAAUAUUAGUAUACUAUAUUUUGAAGAAAUAUAGCUUUAAAUUAGUCAAGCCCACUAAAAAGCCUGGUCUAACCCCUGAAAUAAAGAAACGACGCCUGGAAUUCUGCCUCUAUGGAUUAAAAGACCUUAUAUUUACAGACAAAACUAUAGUCUAUAUAGACCAGUACUGUGGCACCCAAAGAAUCUGGUACUAUACUUACAAGAAGUAUAAAGUCUUAUGUAUUCAAUACUGCUGGAAAAGUAAGGCAGAUUUUAUGGUCUAG